AUGGAGCUCUGCACAAGAACUGCUUAUUGGCGGCGCAAAGACAAAAGGAUCCGGCUUGUACCCCUACUUGCGUGCGCUUGCGCGGAGUUGGGACUGUUUUGCUUCGUGACCCGACCCGGGUGGUCUCCUCCUUAUACGAAGACUGCUUUGUGCGCUAGGCCGAAGAAAAAGGAACUUGAGCCUUUUGCGUUCGAAGCUGAUCUCGGAGACCAUUGCGAAACCCCGGGCAUUGCUUACAGGCACAUAACGCCAAUGCUACGUGAGAUCGCUACAGCGACAUCCCCAGAUCAGCAUUGGAGGGUAGCAUCCAAAGGCCUGCGGAUUUAUGAUCCCUAUUACUGUCAAGGUGGCGUGAAGAAGCGGCUCUCACGACUGGGAUUCGAGACUGUAUACAAUGAGAACGAGGAUUUCUACAAGGCUUGCGAAGAGGGGCACGUCCCGAGGUUCGACGUGCUUGUCACGAACCCACCGUUCUCAGCAGAGGAGCACUUCUCAUUCAUCCUGGACUUUGCAGUCAAGAGUGAGAAGCCAUGGUUCUUGAUAUUGCCCGUGAAGGAGAUCUUCAGGGAUCUCUUUGUAAACACUGCCAAGGCAUUGCCACCAACACUGCAGCCAUUUUUUCUAGCUCCGCCGAAGAAGUACAACUUCAAGACCCCAUCGCCACUACCUGCUCCUCCAACGGAGAACCGCGCCAAAGCCAGAUCCAGGAGUCGGUUGACCCAUACCUUAUGGGUGGCACAUGGUGGCACCGAGUCUCUCCACCAGCGCCUUCUAGAGGUUGCCAAAGAUUGCCUCUGCACCGUGGCGUCACGGCCCGGAGAAUUGCCCAAAGAGGGCCUCCCUGGGGAUCCCACCGAGGAGAUGCGGCGGAACAUUGAGGCGGCAUUCACGGCGUGA